AUGGCCAGACUCAGCCAAUUGAUCGCUGCGGCCGCUGCCCUGACGGCCGGGGCGGCUGCCGCGGGGGACGACGCCGUGCUGAGCAGCGAGGUUGGCCGCCUGAACAACCAGAGCCUGCUAUGGGGCCCGUACAAGCCGAAUCUGUACUUUGGCGUCCGUCCGAGGCUCCCCGAAGGACUGUGGUCGACGCUCAUGUGGAGUCGCAUGGAAGGGUACGAGGACGUUAGGAACGGCUUCCGACUCACCUGCGAGCAAGGCGAGGAGAUGCGCGGCUACGGCUGGGACGAGUACGAUGCGAGAAGCGGCGGCGUCCAGACGAUCCACGACGAGGGCAACAAGCUCGACCUGACAACGUCCUUUGUCAAGGUCCCGGGCGGCAACCACGGCGGCAGCUGGGCCGUCCGGAUCAAGGGCGCGCUGCGGGACGGCGCGCCUAAGGACCAGAAGACGACGGUCUACUACUACUUUGCGCAGGACGGCGAGGGCGACCUGCACGUCGAGGGCGCGGGCACCGAGUUUGGCUUCGAAGGUGACGUGACCCUCAAGGGCAGCUCCAAGUCCCUCGGCGACUACUCGAUUGUCGUGACCAAGGGCAAGGGCAAGCACCCGACCGUCGACCACGACCUGUCGACGAAACGGCACGGUGACACAACAGUCGUUGGGAGCCUGCAAUACGCGGAUAACCUGCUGUGGCAGGCCAAGCCCAUCCUCUUCCAACAGCUUCAAAAGGCUGCUCAAUACGUCCAGGAGACCUAUGGCGACGCAGCUGCCCCGCCGCCGUGGCAGGUAUACCGAGUCGACCACAACCCCGGCCAGGGCAACGUGCAUAUCGUCCAGAAGACGUUUGAGGGUCCCUUUGAGUUUGACGUCAUCUUCUCCUCGAGGUCUGCGGGCAAGGCAAUGACAUCGGAGGGCCUCACUCGCGAGAUCAAGAGGACCUCGGAGUCGUUCUCAGAACGAUUCGCCAAGGUCUUUAACCUCAAGGCUCCGUUCAAAGCGGACAAGUACAAGGCGCUGGGCAAGAGCAUGUUUUCGAACCUGCUUGGCGGCGUGGGCUACUUUUACGGCGAGCAAGUCAUCGACCGCUCGUACGCGCCCGAGUACGACGAGGAUAAUGAGAACUUUUGGGUUGACGCCGCAGAGGCCAGGGCACGGGGUGCACAGAAGAUGGAGGGUCCGUAUGAGCUCUUUACCAGUAUCCCAUCGCGGCCCUUCUUCCCGCGUGGUUUCCUUUGGGACGAGGGCUUCCACCUUGUGCCCAUUGCGGACUGGGACAUGGACCUGACUCUCGAGAUUAUCAAGAGCUGGUACAAGACCAUGGACGACGACGGCUGGAUCCCCCGAGAGCAGAUUCUGGGGGCCGAGGCGCGCAGCAAGGUGCCCGAAGAGUUUCAGGUGCAGUAUCCACACUACGCCAACCCGCCGACGCUGUUCCUGGUCAUCGAGGGUUUCAUGGAGCGCCUGCGCAAGGCCAACGGCACCCAGCGGGCGGAAAAGGAGACACUGUCGCAAGACGAGGCUCUCUACCGGGCUCACUUGGACAACGUGGAACUCGGAGAGGAGUAUCUGCGGAACCUCUACCCCCUCCUGCGACGGCAGUACGACUGGUUCCGAAAGACGCAAAAGGGCGACAUCAAGUCGUACGACAGGGAGGCGUUCUCGACGAAGGAAGCCUACCGGUGGCGUGGCCGGACGGAGACGCACUGCCUCACGAGCGGCCUGGAUGACUACCCCCGACCGCAGCCGCCGCACCCGGGCGAGCUGCACGUGGACCUCAUGUCGUGGGUCGGGCUCAUGACCAAGUCUCUCCUGAACAUUGCGGACGCGCUCGGCAUGGCCGAGGAGGUGGCAGAGCUCGGAAAGAACCUCGAGGCGAUUGAGCGCAACCUGCAGGACCUGCACUGGUCGGAGAAGGAGGGAUGCUUCUGCGACGCGACGAUUGACGAGUUUGAGGAGCACAAGCUGGUCUGCCACAAGGGAUACGUUUCAUUGUUUCCGUUCCUGGUAGGGCUGCUCAAGCCGGAUGACCCGAAGCUGGGCAAGACGCUGGAGCUGCUGGGCGAUGAGAGCCAUCUCUUUAGCGCGCACGGCAUCCGCAGCCUGAGCCAACAGGACGAGGGGUAUGGCACUGGCGAGAACUACUGGCGCAGCCCGGUGUGGAUGCCGAUGAACUACAUGGCGGUGACGCAACUCUACAACAUUGCCACGCAAAAGGGCCCCUUCCAGAACAGGGCGAAAGACCUGUACACGAGGCUGCGGCGGAACCUGGUGGAGACGGUGUACAAGAGCUGGGCGGAGACGGGGUUCGCGUGGGAGCAGUACAACCCGGAGACGGGGGCGGGCCAACGGACGCAGCACUUUACGGGAUGGACGAGCCUGGUGGUGAAGCUGAUGUCGAUGGAGGACCUAUCCGGCGGCCACGGACGGGACGAGCUAUGA